AUGGCAACAUGCCUGUCGAAGCGCUCCAAAACCUUCAACCUGACGCAGGUCAACAAAAAGGGCCGCGAGCAAAAGGACAAGCUCUUUCAGAACAUUCGCGACGCCGUCCCCGAGUACCAGCACUGCGUCGUAUUCUGCAUCGACAACAUGCGCAACACGUACCUGAAGAAUGUCCGUCGGGAGCUGUCCGACAGCAGACUCUUCUUCGGCAAGACCAAGCUCAUGGCCAAGGCGCUCGGGCAGACCCCCGAAGAGGCCGUCGCGCCGGGCAUCCAGGCGAUUGCGCGCAUCCUCGCCGGCAACGUCGGUCUCGUCUUCACCAACCGCGACCCGGCCGCGGUGCUGGCCUACUUUGACGGGCUCGCGCUCGUCGACUUUGCGCGCGCCGGCGUCGUCGCCACCCGCACCUUUUCCAUCCCCACCGGCGUCGUCCACGCCACCGCCGGCGAGGUGCCCGCCGAGCACGACGUGCCGCUCGAGCACACCCUCGAGCCCGAGCUGCGCCGCCUCGGCGUCCCCACCCGCAUGGUCAAGGGCCGCGUCGUCCUCGGCGACGAGGACGGCGAGGGCGAGGCCUACGUCGUCUGCAAGGAGGGCGACGUCCUCGACUCCCGCCAGACAAGGCUGCUCAAGAUGUUUGACGUUUGCUUGAGCGAGUUCAAGGUCAAGGUCCUGGCGUACUGGAGCGCGGCCACUGGCGAAGUCACUCAGGUUGACGCCACCACCACCCCCAUGGAGGAGGAUUAA